AUGGGUAGGAAGCAGAAUACUGUUUACAAUGUGCUGCUGGCGAUGUUUGCGGCCACUGGGUCGUUCCUGUUUGGUUACGACAGCGGUGUCAUGACCGACGUUAUUGCCUCUCCGAACUUCCUGGCAUACUUCAACACGGUCAAGACAAGCCCGACAAUUGGCGCCAUCAAUUCGACAUUCUCUGGUGGUGCCGUGUUCGGCUCUCUCAUGGGAGGCUUGACCAUGGACCGAUUCGGCAGACGAAGAACCGUUCAGAUCGGAGCUCUGAUUGCAGCAGUCGGUGCCAUUCUCCAAUGUGCUGCUGUCAAUCUCGGCAUGAUCCUUGUCGGUCGUAUUAUUGCAGGAUGGGCAGUCGGUCUGAUGUCCAUGUCGAUACCUGUCUAUCAAGCUGAAUGCGCACAUCCUAAGAUGCGAGGACUUAUUGUUGGCCUCACACAGCAGAUGAUUGGAGUGGGCUUCAUCGUGUCGACAUGGAUCGGCUAUGGCUGCCAUCACGCUCCAGACAGCAGCAGUUUCCAGUGGCGCUUCCCGCUUGCGUUCCAAAUCGCCCCUGCUUUGCUUCUUCUCGUCGGUUUCUUCUGGUUGCCAGAAAGUCCGAGAUGGCUCAUCGAAAACGACCGCGACGAAGAAGGCCUCGCGAUCCUCCACAAACUCCACUUCGACGGCACAAACGAAGCAUGGCUACACUACGAAUACAACGAAAUCCGCGCCACCAUUUCCGCCGAAAAAGCCAUCACAGCAUCCGGCUGGCGCAUCAUGUUCCAAGUCCCCCAAUGGCGCACCCGCCUCUUACACGGCACCCUCGUCCAAGUCUUCACCCAAUUCUCAGGAAUCAACGCAAUCGGCUACUACCAAACCAUAAUGUACGAAGCCCUGGGCAUAACCGGCGGCCGCGCAAUCCUCGUAGCAGGAAUCUACAACUGCGUGGGACCCAUCGCAAACGCGAUUUUCAUCUUCUUCAUCCUCGACCGCGUCGGGCGAAAACGACCUUUAAUUUUCGGAGCCAUAGGGAUCACAAUCGCUCUAAUUUGCGAAGCAGCCUUAAAUUCCCAAAACCCGAACGGAGACCGCCAAGCCCUCAGCAUCGCCGGCGUCUUCUUCCUCUUCCUCGUCUCCAUCAUCUUCUCCCUCUCCUUCGGCCCCAUCUCCUGGGUCUACAUGUCCGAAAUCAUGCCCAUGCAAAUCCGCGGUCGAGGGAAUGCUUUCGCGACAGGGAUUGGGAAUUGGUUGAUGUCGACCUUCAUCACUCAAGUCAGUCCCGUAGCGUUGGGGAGUAUUGGUUGGAAGUUUUAUUUCUUGUUCGUGGCGUUCAAUCUUGUGGUUACGAUCCCGGUGAUUUGGGUUUUCUUUCAGGAGACGAAUGGGUUGAGUUUGGAGGAGAUCGAUAUUUUGUUUGGGGAGAGGGCGUUGGGGACGCUGCCGAGGGAGAUCGGGGAGGGGGAUGUGGAGGAUGCGGUUAGGAGACGGGGGAGUGUGGGUGUGGAUGAUAAGGAGAAGGAGGUGGAGGUUUUGCAGAGGGAUGUUGUUGAGGGGGAGAAGAGGCGAGAGUUGUUCAAAGAUUAG